UUCUCGGUGUUAAGUUCAGGAUCUUGUUGAUGAUCCCUUUCCGCUCAGCAAAUGAUAACUGUCAAGAGUUUUCAAAAGUGGCUAAUGGUUUUUCUUUUUUUGGAUGCCCAACUGGAGGUGCCUUUUUUUUCUUUUUCCUCCAAGAAGAGCUGAGUAUUCUGGAAAGGUCUUUGUAAUGAGGAACAGCUUCAAUAUUGAAGUGCUUUAAAUACUAGUCACUUUUUGAAAAUACUUAUCUUGGAUUACUUUCAAGAGGGAAUUGGGAAGGGCGUGGGGGGCCUCAACUUCUUAUCACAUUGCCCAAGAAAACUGCUGCAGCUCUUUGGCUGGAAACACAAACAUGAAGAUUUCCUCAAAGGCGGAAAGCUGAGAAUGAAUGAAAGGGAAUAAUACGUUUGUUAUGCCACCUGCAAUUGAAGCAGUGGAACUCAUUGCUACAAAGUGGUCAUUGAGACCAGGAGAUGAAAGAAAAAGGGACUGGACAUUUAAAUUCUGUAAAACCUGCAUUGUUCGUUACCUGGAGACCAACAAAUACUGUCCCAUGUGUGAUGUUCAAGUGCAUAAAACCAGGCCUCUCCUCAGCAUCAGAUCAGACAAAACUUUACAAGACAUAGUGUACAAACUGGUCCCAGGGCUAUUUAAAGAUGAAAUGAAGAGGCGGCGUGACUUCUAUGCAGCCUAUCCCAUGGCAGAUGUUCCCAAUGGGUCUAAUGAGGAUCGUGGUGAAGUUUCUGAACAAGACAAAGGGAACCUGACAGAUGAUGAAAUUGUCAGCUUGUCCAUAGAAUUUUAUGAAGGAACAAGAGAUGAAAAGAAAGGAACGGUUGAAAAUGGGGAUGUGGAGAAGGAAAAAAAGAAUGGCGUAAGGUUCCUCCGAUGUCCAGCUGCCAUGACAGUCAUGCAUCUGGCUAAAUUUCUGCGCAAUAAGAUGGACGUUCCCAGCAAGUACAAAGUGGAAGUUCUCUAUGAAGAUGAGCCUUUAAAGGAAUAUUACACACUGAUGGACAUUGCGUAUAUCUACCCAUGGCGAAGGAAUGGGCCCCUCCCUUUGAAAUACCGGGUGCAGCCAGCCUGCAAGAGGAUAAAAUUGUCCCAGCCUGCAAACUCCGAGUGCACCAACACCAGCGGAGCCUCCGAGUGCGAGUCAGUCAGCGACAAAGCCAACAGCCCUGCCACACUGCCUGCCACCUCCUCCUCCCUGCCCAGCCCUGCCACACCUUCCCACGGCUCACCUAGCUCCAACAACACCGCCACGAGCAUCCCAGCCAACUCCAGCACCGUGCUCAAUGGCACCUCGAACUGCCACCAAAUGCCGCCCUCUGCCAGCAGGGGGCGGAAAACGACUGUGAACGGUAGCACAGCUUCUGCCUUGACCUAAAGGCAGGGCCUAGGGCCUGACUUUUGAUUUUAUAUAUAAAUAUAUAUGUGUAUAUAGGAAAAAAAAAUUAUACAUACUUAUUUUCUAUUGAUUGACCAGAUUAAUUUAAAAUGCAAAUAAGACACAAUUGUGGUUGAGUAUUUUUUAAAAUGAUGCUUUUCUUUUUCCUUCCUCUUUCUUUUUUUUUUUAAUUUUAACUUAUGGAAUUUGCAUGUCCGGGAGCCCGUAUUCAUGUAAUAGCUGCAGCCCCACCUGCUCAUUUUCUAUAACAGCCUCCCUUCCCCCACUCCCUGCCAAGAGAGAAUGGGACUUAAUGGUAAUGGACACACAGGUAAGGAUGAUGGACAAAAGCCAAAAGCCUCCACCCUUUGUAUAUGUACAUCUGUAACUUCCAUCUGUAGGGUGCGUGUGGCAGAGAAUUACUUGUCAUGUCUGAUGUCAAGAGCCUUCCCAGCCCAUUGUUUGUUGGCUUGUUUUGUUGGUUUAGUGAUGGAAAACUUAAAAGUCGGUGUGGAAUGGUCUGUGCACAGGCUUAGAGGGGGAGAAGAUCCUAUCUCUUUGCAAAUAGGACAUACCACCCUCUCCUCUGUUCGCACUUGCAUGGCCUUUAAUCCAAAGUCUUGUCUGGAGUUAGGGCAAUUUAGUAAAGCUCAGGUGAUGAGCUAAAAUCCCAUGUAGACUCUCACUGGGACUUAAGUCACUUGGGAGCUGAAGUCUUCAUGAUGAAAUUUUGUGGGACGUUGGCUCCAAAGUCAUUUGGGAGGCUGGGGGCAUUUUCCCCCAGCACCUGUUAUUUCUGGAGCAGCCAAUGGGGCAUAGACUAAAUGAAUGGAAGAUGCUUAUGGAAAUGACUUGGCCUGAAUUUUCCGAAGUUAGUAAAAGCUGUCAGCAUUGCACAUUUCUGGAAGUUAGGCCCCAGGGGUCAUGGCUUUUCAAAAGAAUUCAGGGCCAGGUAUUCAGGGUCUCGUAUCAACAUGCUGAAUUCUUUUGAAAAAUCUAGCCCAUGUGUUUUCCUCCCCUCGAUUUGCUUUGGAAUCUUUCAUCAGAGGCUCCUUUAAAAAGGCAGCCUUUGUCUGGAGCCCUGUUGUAAUGUGUAUCAUGUCCUAUCUGAACAGUUGUCAUCAGUGGGUCCUCAUCAAAGGAGGAUUCCCAUCCUUGCACCUUCACUUGAUAAUGAUCUACCCCUAAAUUUGUGUGGGUGGAAUAAGGAAGGGAUGGGGGGCGCGGAAAGAGACCUUGGGUUUCAGGGCCACCUAAGCACAUCCUAUUUAGAGGGGGCUUUGGAGGAAAUCUGAAAAGCUUUGAAGUGCAGGUCUGAAUAGAGUUAGGUUGAAGCUUCCCCUUCCAUUGAGAGUUCUGGUUUCCUUUUGCAGAUUUCUAAGGGUAUCUUGGGUUCUGACCCUGCAGAGACUUCAGCCCAUGAAUAAUACUUACUCUGCCAGUCUCUGUUCAUUUCUUACCUCAAAUUAAGCCUGUAGCACAAAGAGCGAACUUUCAAGAGCAAUUGUGUGACUUAAAGGCAUAAAGUCCUAUUCAUUUUUCUCUUUGUUUUUCUUUUUCUGCAAAAGAGGUCAAAGGAUUUAGCCUCUCAUGCUCCAACAAAUGGCAACAAGACAUGAGUGCCUAACUCUCCUGGGCUACUUGUAAAAUUUUACUUGGAAAGUAAGUCUCUACUUGGAAAAUUUUGGCUUGGUCAGCUAAAUCAUUAGGGUCUGCAUUUGAAAAUCUUGUGUUGCUCAUCUCUUCUUGCCCCCCGCACCUCUAUCUUUGCAGGAUUGGUGCCUUAGUAACCAAGGAGUUAUUCUUGUUGGAAGGUGCUGUUGGAGUCUUAGAAGCAUCUCUGGUAGCUUUGGCUUUCCUGAACUUGAAAUAACAUGGUUAGGUGGGAAGAAAGAUGACUAACACCCAUCCUGUACAGGAAACUGGGGAAGCUGUUCUUCAGGUGGGGUGAUAGUAACCAGGUGGGGUGUCCAGAGGUGGGGUGACAAACUAAGUAGAGUUAAUGAGAAGAGUGAAAACAAGCAUUCAACCAUAGAUCACCCCACCAUCUGUUUUCUGCUCCAUCCCCAAACGUUCUUGCUCCUUAAAAAAAAAAAAAAGUCACAGCAUUGUUUUAUUUCCACCCCUUCCCAUUUCUCUCCACGUCCCUCACGUUGGUUUAAAAAAAAAAUGGUGCCUUUUAGAAUGAGUUUGUUUUUUAGGGUUUUUUUUCUUUUUGUGAGGCGUGCGGAGUCGCAAAAGGGAGGCCGCUACUGUGUUCCUUGAAAGGGAGGCAUAGAUUGUAUUGUGUGUUUGAGCCAUGUGUUUGUCGCUUGUGUUUGUAAGGUUGUCCAUGCGGGGGGAACUCGCGCAAGUUCCAUGGGGGUGGGAGAUGGUAUUAUCUUCUGCUCUCUAGUCCGGACUUCCUUACAAUCUGACAUGAGUGUGUGUACGCGUGAGCCAUGUGGGGGGUGGUGGGGAGCAAGUUUCUUCAGUCUCAAAAAGCACAUGUUCCCCUGGGCAUCUAGACCCAGGGGGUUUUAUCUCCCCCUUGGUGGAGUGAAUGAAUAAAUAAGUGCCUGCAGAUCCCAGGGACAGGAGAAUUCCUAUCCGGGGCAGGAAAGUGUCAAACUGCUGGGUAGGCAAGGGCGACUCUCUCAUCCCAGCUUCAUCUCCACAGGGUGUGCAUGUGGGGAGAUCGGUAAUAGGAAAUCUGAAAAAGCAUUGAGAACCAAAGGGAAGUGGACAUAGCCAGAUCCCAAAAGUCAGGAAACAGACUUGUUUUUUUAACUAUUACUCCAGAUAAUUAAGAAGAGGUGUCUUGGCUAAAAGGAGCCAGUGUGGGCACAGCCCCAUGGCCAUAGGCAUAGAAAGAUGGGUAGAUCUUUCUAGGAUGCUACAGGAGGGCCUGCCCCAGGAUGUGAUACCCUGGCAUGAGUUAAAUCUUGAAGGCCAGUCGGGUGAGUGGGGUCAGCCCCUUGAAUUAGCAGGCUGCCAUUGGGUGCCUUUGAAAAUGUUCACUUCUGAAGGAACGCAUGAGCCAAAGGCCAACAAAGCCGCAUGCUGGCUUUUAUGUAGGGUAGGGAGCGGAAGGAGGUAGAAUUUCCCGUAUGGGGCAGCCAGAAUGAGCAAAGCGCUUCUUCACUGGACUCAUGGCUUGGGGUGGAAGGGGGGAAGAUGAGGAGAGGGUUCAAUUGGCAAAUCUGGGAGAUGCCCCACUAUACCCAUACAUUGCCUCCUGGGAUGGGGAAGUGCCCUGGUAACCUGCAGAGGGUGGUAGAGGGGCUCUUAGUUGCCAUUAUUCUUAGUCUCUUUGUUUCUGUUUCUUCCCCUCCUAAUGGCUGGGGGCUGGACUGUGAACUCAGUUGCGUUACAUGGGGCUUUGCCGGUCAGGAACAUUCAUCCCACCCCCCUUCUCCUUGUACAUAGGCCAAAAUGGACUACGCGAGGGGAGGGAAGUGCCUCAGUGUUGGGGUUGGUUUGGGUUUUUUCCUCCCCGAUAUGGUACAAACCAAAAUUGCUCUGUAUGUUUGCAUCCUGUAUGAUGUUUUAAUGUCCUGUAAUAUAUUCUGAUAUUCAUAUAUCGUUAUUGGUUAAACAUUUGUAUAACUAUACAGCUUUGUAAAUGUAAUAAAUGCUGCAGAUUGUCCUUCAACGUGUCUGUGUGCA